AGUGUAGCAUUUCAGUCUGAGUGGCCCCUCUCCCCUUCUCUUUCUCUCAACCACUUCUCUCUCUCUCCCUCACUCUCUCUCUGUCUUUCUAUCACUCCUCAUCUCUUUUCUUCUAACAGAGAAAGACACUGUCGUCUCUGUUGUCAGUCUACCUGAGAGAAGCAGUCUCAAUCACUUUAUCCCAGACUACACUCCAUUUUUCUGAAGAGAGUCCGUCCAUCUACAGGCAGCAGAAAUGGAGGCCAUCAAGAAGAAGAUGCAGAUGCUGAAGCUGGACAAGGAGAACGCCCUCGACAGAGCAGAGCAGGCUGAGUCUGACAAGAAAGCAGCAGAGGACAAGUGGAAGCAGCUAGAGGAUGAGCUGCUGGGGCUGCAGAAGAAGCUGAAGGCAACAGAGGAUGAGGUGGACAAAUACUCAGAGGCUCUCAAAGACGCCCAGGAGAAACUGGAACUGUCAGAGAAGAAAGCCACAGAAGCAGAAGGUGAGGUGGCUGCUCUGAACCGCAGGAUUCAGCUGAUUGAGGAGGAGCUGGACCGCGCUCAGGAGAGAUUGGCCACUGCGCUCCAGAAGCUCGAGGAAGCAGAGAAACAAGCAGAUGAGAGCGAGAGAGGCAUGAAGGUGAUUGAGAACCGGGCAACGAAAGACGAGGAGAAGAUGGUGAUGCAGGAGUUGCAGCUGAAGGAGGCCAAACAGGUUGCUGAGGACUCCGAUCGCAAGUACGAUGAGGUAGCUCGUAAGCUGGUCAUUCUGGAAGGUGAACUGGAAAAAGCAGAGGAGAGAGCGGAGAUCUCUGAGCUCAAAGGAGGUGACUUAGAGGAAGAGCUCAAGAACGUAACAAACACCCUAAAGUCUCUUGAAGCCCAGUCAGAGAAGUACGCAGACAAAGAAGAUCGAUAUGAGGAGGAGAUCAAAGUCCUCACUGACAGACUGAAAGAGACGGAAACCCGUGCUGAGUUUGCAGAGAAGACCAUGGCCAAACUGGAAAAGACCAUUGAUGACCUCGAGGAGAGCAUAGCCAACUCAAAGCAGGAGAAUCUGAAUCUGCACCAAGUCCUGGACCAAACCCUGCAGGAGCUUAACAGCUUGUGAGCAUCACAAAGAGGAGACAUACCGACAGCAAUCAACAUUCCACACUUCUCAUCAAGCAUUCCUGUGUGUGUGUGUGUGUGUGUGUGUGUGUGUGUGUGUGUGUUUGUGUGUGUGUGGUUAAAUUGUAUUGUUAUCUUAUAUUGUCUGAGUCAUGUUCUCUAUUUUGGCUCCACACCCUCUCACACAUUCUCCCUCACUGCCAAAUAGAGGACUUACUUUUAUUUUAGAAAGUUGUGACUUUUCAUUGAACGCCUGGAAAAGAUCUGAAUGAUGUCACCAUCCACAUCUGGGAACAUUUUCCAUAUUUGUAUCUGUUCCACUUUUCCGUUUUUUAUUUAUUUCUGCAAAAUGUGUCUUAAAUAAGCACAAACAUUAUUUUUCAUGUUUUUUUUGUCUCAACACUCUCAUAUCGAUCUUAAAUUGACUGUCAAGUAAGGUUUAUGAUAUAUCAUGUGGAUUUAAUUAACAUAUUUACAAUAAAAUGUCAAGUAUGCAGCUUAGUUUAACACUAAUUUUUUUUGUCACCUCUUUUUUCCCUUGCACAUAUAAAAGUCUUUCCAGAAUUGUUUGCCAAAACUGAUUUUUUUUUUAAACAAUAAUAAAUUUUACACAAUUUUGCACAAAA